AUGCCCCGCGAAGACAGUGAAGGAAGCAGCGGCGGGUCCAUCACCUCCGAUGAGGAAGAAGUUCCAACACACAUGGCCGUCGCGUCAGAGGCAGCGUCUGCAACAGUCGCCGGUACCGUUCGUGGUAGUCCAGCUCUUCAGAAACUCCGUAGUAGCGUCAACAAGCUACGGCAUAUUCGGGAACGUUGCGAGAUUGAGAUUAUUGACUACAGCGCGAGCAACUAUGUCAUUAACCAAUAUAACAACGAGGAAUUUGUCAAUCUCAUGCAGUCUACGGGUGGAACGCGCCCCGGAUGGGCCAAAGUCCGGUGGAUUAACAUUGGCGGUACAAGCUGGGAUGUUCUUUCCAAGCUCGCAAUUGCAUACAAGCUUCAUCCACUCACAUUGGAGAACAUUGUCGCCGGCAUGCCAACGUCCCGCAGCAGAGCCGAUUAUUAUACCAACCAUCUUUUCUUGCACGUCAUGUGCCAAAGCCUAGAAGAAAAGGAGAGUUCUGCUUCUCCUCUGGUUCGCAUAUCCAAUCCAGCUCGGAGUCGCUCGCCCGCUCAGAUGAAUCACCAUGAGCACACGCACGGAGGUGCAGCUGAAAAGGCGCCAUCACUUCGCCGACGUAAAGGCGUAGCGCCAGCACCAGAUAUUGAAAUGGGUAGACCUCAACCCAGGAAGGAGAAAAAGCGCAAGUCGCGCAUGACGACCCUAGACAUUCGCAAUCAGAAGAAUGAGAGUCUCAAGCGCGCAGAAGAACUCAACGAGGCCCUUCGAGAUACCAUGUUCACCGUCAAGGUGACGACCAAGAGUCUAUUCUUGUACCUUCUACGGGAUGGAACGGUCAUCUCUGUCCAUCAAGCUGACAGAGGCUUUGGCGACCCGAUUUAUCGACGAUUGCAGUCACCGACCACGGUUCUGCGAGCAUCCAGCGACCCUUCGAUGCUUUUGGAGGCACUUUUGGAUCUGGUCGUCGACCGUGCGCUGGACAUUGUGGAUCGGUACCAUGAAAACAUUCUGGCCGUCGAGAGGAGCAUCCUGCUCAACCCCAAGAUGGUUGCAAUUCGUCAACUUCACUUUUUCUCGCGCGACCUGACGGCCCGCCGACGUGAGCUGGACCCAGUCAAGACGCUCAUCUAUGGUUUGCGCCGUUAUGACAAGGAGCGCUGUGCUGCCGUCGCCGAGUCUGCUGGCAUUCUUGUCGAGGGCGAGGCGGUCCAAGGCUUCCUUAGCCACAAGGCCAAAAUCUAUCUCGCGGAUGUCCACGAACACUGCGAAUGGAUAUUGACCUCAUUUGAGAUGCAAGCUGACAUAGCAGAGAAUCUCAUCAACUACACAUUCAAUACCAUUGCAUACGAGACGAACAAUACGAUGCGCACGCUUACACUGGCCACGAUCAUCUUCCUGCCGCUUACGUUUUUGUCUGGGUACUUUGGAAUGAAUUUCGAAGUCUUUGGCGGAAUCCAGCAUUCAGAUGCAUACUUCUGGGAGAUUGCGGCACCGGUGUUUGUGGCGACGGUCAUCAUCUUCCUAUGGCACGAUUUGCGAAGGAUGUGGCAUUUCCUCAAGAAGAAGACGUUCUUGCAUCGAUUCGUACGUACUCGCCUCCUGCGCUGGUUUUCGAGUGUUCACCCCAAAAUCUCUUCGACCCAUUCAUUUGCUGCGCAUAACAUUCAUAUGGAAAACUCGCUUCUUCGACAUUUGACAUGGUUUGCAAACGACGAAUAUAAACAUCUGUAUUCGCCACCCACUCAACGGCAUGUUGUGGCAUCGGAUGCACCCUUCGAACCCCUGGUUGCGUCACGCCUCGCAUUUGGUGCUACAGGACAGCAAGAAGUAGGCGUGUCCAAUGCGUAG